AUGAUACAAAAUAAAUAAUAAUUUUAUGAUCUAUUAAAUUGUAUAUACUCUUCGCUUUCAUCUCAUAAGACUCUCCAUAUUGUCCUAUAACGAAGUUUAAUUAAUGAUAAAACUGUAUUAGAUAUAGGUUCUACCUUAGAAAAGUGCACUAAUCUAGAAGAUUUGAUACUUAAUCUUAGUUACAAUUUAAUUAGUUGUUAAGGAGCAUCAGUUCUAGGUUCUGCUUUAGAAAAGUGCUAUAAUCUCAAAAUUUUGGUACUUACCCUUAAUGCUAAUGAAAUUGGUGAAAUAGGAUCAUCAGGCUUAUGUUCUGGUUUAGGAAAAUGUAUUAAUCUCUAAGAUUUGAAACUUUAUCUCAGUAACAAUUAAAUUGCAGAUGCAGGAGCAUCAGGCUUAGGUUCUGGUUUAGCAAAUUGUAUUAAUCUCUCAAAUUUGACACUUGAUCUUAUUGGAAAUUAAAUUACUGCAUAAGGAUUAUCAGGCUUAUGUUCUGCUUUAACAAGUUGUACUAAUCUCUCAAAUUUGGUUUUGUUUCUAACUAAUAAUUAAAUAAGUGAUGAAGAUGCAUCAAGCGCUUUUAAUUUAGCAAAGUGCACUAAUCUCUCUAAUUUGACGCUUUAUCUUAAUAAUAAUAAAAUUGGUGUAGAAUUUGCAUCACUCCUAGGUUCUGCUUUAGUAAACUGCACUAAUAUAUCAUAUUUGAAUCUAGACCUUAGCUACAAUUAAAUUGAUGAUGAAGGUGUCUCUAACUUAGGUUAAGCUUUAGCAAGUUGCACUAAAAUCUCAAAUUUGACCCUUAUAUUUAAUCACAAUUAAAUUGGUGAGAAAGGAGAAUUUGGCUUAGGUACUGCUCUAGCAAAAUGUACUAAUAUCUCAAAAUUAAAACUUGAUCUUAAUCAAAAUUAAAUUGGUGCUAUUGGUAUAUCACACUUAGAUUCUGCUUUAGCAAAUUGUACUAAUCUCUCAAAUUUGACCCUUAAUAUCUCAAAUAAUUAAAUUAAUGAUGAAGGUGUAUCAGAAUUAUGUUCUGCUUUAGGAAAGUCCACACAUUUUUCAAAUUUGACACUUGAUCUAUGUUACAAUAACAUUAGUGAUAAAGGAGUAUAAGGUUUAGGCAUUAAUUUAGCAAACUGUACUAAUCUCUCAAAUUUAACACUUUAUCUGAGUAACAACUAAAUUUGCACUACUGGAGUAUCAGCCUUAUGUUCUACUUUAGCAAAUAUCACUAAUCUCUCAAAAUUGGAACUUAAUCUUAGUCAUAAUUAAAUUGGUAAUCAAGUAUAAUCAGGCUAAGGUUUUGCUUUAGCAAAAUGGACUAAUCUCUCAUAUUUAUUUCUUGAUCUUAGUAACAAUUAAAUUGGUGAUGAGGAUAUAUCAGAUUUAGGUUCUGCUUUAGCAUAAUGCACUAAUCUCUAGUAUUUGAUGCUUUUACUUUAUUACAAUUAUAUUGGUGACGAAGGUGCCUCAGAAUUAGGUUUAGCUUUAGGAAAGUGCACUAAUCUUUCGUAAUUGACACUUUGGCUUAAUAAAAAUGAAAUCAAUAAACCAGAACUAUUGAAAAUAAAGAGCAAGUAUCUUAAAUCAAAAAGAUUAGUUGUCUUUAAAUCAAUUUUCUAUUGA